AUGGACUUUGCUCAUGGUUAUGGAGUUAUGAUAAGAGCAGGAAAAGUUAAGCGCGAAGUUGUGAUUGGUUCAAGAGAGGAAGCAGCAGAAUGCAUGAGGAAGAUUGUGAGGCGCAGGGUUAUGGUUUCAAGUGCGAGGCAAGCUGUAGCUGGUCUACUUACGGUUGGUGCCAUUAAUGGAGUUAAAUAUCUUGCAAAUAAAAUGUGCAAGGCUUGGAAAUCCUAG